AUGGCUCAACUCCUGAACAGCAUACUCACUGUGAUCAAGGUGUUCCAGAAAUAUGCUAAAGAGAAUGGGAAAUGUACCUUGCUCUGCAAGAAGGAGUUGAAGCAGCUGCUCUUGGCAGAGCUUGGAGAUAUCCUCCGGAGACCAAAUGACCCAGACAUGGUGGACACCAUCCUGAGCCUCUUGGAUAAAGACAGAAAUGGACAUGUUGAUUUUCAUGAAUAUCUCUUGUUGGUGUUCCAGUUGGCCCAAGCCUGCUAUCAAAAACUGGAUAAUAAGUCAUGUGGAGAUAGAAUCUCUCAGCAAGAAGGUGAGCAGGAGGGAACACGAGACCAUAAGUUUCCAGAAAAUACAGGCAGGCAACACAGGCAGAGGCACGAGGGAGAAAGGCAGGACUCCCACUGCACUCAGUCUGAGAGACAAAACCAGGAUGUCCACCAGGAUCAGUCAGAGAGACAGGAUAGGGACUCCCGCUAUGGUCAAAGGUGGAGACAUAAAUCUAGCAGUAGUCUGCCUAAAAGACAAGGAUAUAUCUUUGCCUUAAGUCAGUGUGAGAAACAAGUUCACGAUUCUUGUUAUGGCCAGACAAACCAACAGGAAUCAGGUUCUUAUCAUAAACAGUCUCAGAGGCUGGAUCAGGAUUCAGGCUAUGGUCAGAGAGAUAGACAAGAAUUGGACUUGCAAUUUGGCCAGAGAGACAGACAAGGCCAGAGUUCUCACUAUGGUCAGACAGACAGACAAGGCCAGAGUUCUCAGUGUGGCCAGACAGAAGGACAAGGCCAGAGUUCUCGAUGUGGCCAGGCAGACAGACAAGGCCAGAGUUCCCACUAUGGUCAGACAGACAGACAAGGCCAGAGUUCUCAGUGUGGCCAGACAGAAGGACAAGGCCAGAGUUUCCAUUAUGGCCAGACAGACAGACAAGGCCAGAGUUCUCACUAUGGUCAGACAGACAGACAAGGCCAGAGUUCCCACUAUGGUCAGACAGACAGACAAGGCCUAGGUUCUCAGUGUAGCCAGACAGACAGACAAGGCCAGAGUUCCCACUAUGGUCAGACAGACAGACAAGGCCAGAGUUCUCGAUGUGGCCAGGCAGACAGACAAGGCCAGAGUUCCCACUAUGGCCAGACAGACAGACAAGGCCAGAGUUCUCACUAUGGUCAGACAGACAGACAAGGCCUAGGUUCUCAGUGUAGCCAAACAGACAGACAAGGCCAGAGUUUCCAUUAUGGCCAGACAAACAGACAAGGCCAGAGUUCCCACUAUGGUCAGACAGACAGACAAGGCCAGAAUUCUCCCUAUGGUCAGACAGAGAGAAAAGGCCUAGGUUCUCAGUGCAGUCAGACAGACAGACAAGGCCAGAGUUCCCACUAUGGCCAGAUAGAUAGACAAGGCCUCAGCUCUCACUAUGGCCAGAUAGAUAGACAAGGCCUGAGCUCUCGUUAUGGCCAGACAGACAGACAAGGCCAGGGUUAUCAUUAUAGUCAGAGAGACAGACAGGGCCUGAGCUCUCACUAUGGUCAGUCAGAGAUUGGGGUAACAGGGCAAAAUAGUUACCUCCAAGGAAGUGAGGGAACAAGGAGAGACUUAUAUGUUGAGCAAUCAGGAAGGUCAGGGAGACUAAGUCAAAAGACUCAAGGACAGGAAAUGACUCGAAAUCAAGGGCAGAGAUUCCAGUCUAGGGAAGGCCAGCAGAACAGCCACCAGGCGUGGGAACCUGAGGAGGAUAGCCAACACCACCAACACAAACUCAUAGCACAUAUCCAGCAAGAAAGGUCAUGCGGUUACAAAAGGGGUGACUGGCAAUCAUGUAGUGGUGAGCAGGACCACAGACAGGCCCAGGCUAGGCAAUGUCAUGGAGAGGGGCAGAGCCACCAGGCAGAGGAAGAGCAGGGCCACCAAAGCUGGGGCAGACAUAGUUGUGAGAGUCCGGUAACUCCAUGGGAGACGCAGGCCAGGCAAACCCAUGAAGAGGAACAAAGCCAUCAGAGACAGGACAGGCAAACCCACGAAAGUGAGCAGACCCAUCAGAGACGGGACAGGCAAACCCACGAAGAUGAGCAGACCCGUCAGAGACGGGACAGGCAAACCCACGAAGAUGAGCAGACCCGUCAGAGAACCCACGAAGAUGAGCAGACCCGUCAGAGACGGGACAGGCAAACCCACGAAGAUGAGCAGACCCGUCAGAGACGGGACAGGCAAACCCACGAAGAUGAGCAGACCCGUCAGAGAAGGGACAGGCAAACCCACGAAGAUGAGCAGACCCGUCAGAGACGGGACAGGCAAACCCACGAAGAUGAGCAGACCCGUCAGAGAAGGGACAGGCAAACCCACGAAGAUGAGCAGACCCGUCAGAGAAGGGACAGGCAAACCCACGAAGAUGAGCAGACCCAUCAGCAACGAGACAGGGAAGCCCAUGAAGAGAGUCAAAACUGUCAGCAACAAUGGGAUAGGCAAACCCUUGAGGAGGAAGAAAGGUAUCAAGGAUCCCAGGAUCAACAAUCUUACGGGACCCAGCAAGGCUGUGCUAAUAGAGAAAAAAUCCACAUGAAUGAGAAUAGCCAGAGGCAAGGUUCACAGGGAAGACGCAGUAACCUGACCUUCCAUCCCACCCGGAGUGGUGGGAGGCCCCCAAGGAGAGAACAGGGUGGAAGUCACCCUACCAAAGCAGCUCCUGCUCCCAACCCCCUCUAUGACUAUGUACAAGAGCAGAAAAGGAAUCAACAUUAG